AAAAUAUACUGUAACAUAACGACUAACGAGUAUAAAUGUGCCAGCCUAGAGCAAUGGUCUACUUUUAUUGGCUGUAUUAUUUGUCAUUAGCCCAUUUAACAAUUCUAUAAAUUCAUACAGUCCAUCUUUCUUUUCAUUUCAUUUUGUAGUCAUAAAAAAAGUCCCAACUGAUCUCUAAGCAAAAGCUAGCUUAUAGCAACAAUGAGUUUGUUAAAAGCUUUUUUUGUUUGGUGUAUAUGGUUGGGAUUAUUUGAGUUAUCAUUUGGAAGAAGGGUACCCUACCACUUUGAUGUGGAAUACACAUACAAAAAACCAGAUUGUUAUGAACAUGUUGUGAUUGGAAUCAAUGGUAAAUUUCCAGGACCAACUAUUACAGCUGAAGUUAAUGACACUCUUGUCAUUACACUCACCAACAAGCUUUCUACUGAGGGAACUGUUAUUCACUGGCAUGGAAUUAGACAACUUGAUACUCCCUGGGCUGAUGGAACUGCAGCAAUCUCUCAGUGUGCUAUAAAUCCAGGAGAAACAUUUGUUUACGAAUUCAAAGUUGAUAGGCCUGGAACAUAUUUCUAUCAUGGACACUAUGGUAUGCAGAGAGCAGCAGGGUUGUAUGGAUCUCUAAUAGUAAAUUUACCAAAAACACAAAGUGAACCAUUUCAUUAUGAUGGUGAGUUCAAUUUGCUCCUAAGUGAUUUGUGGCAUACAAGUUCACAUGAACAAGAAGUUGGCCUCUCUUCAGCACCAAUGAGAUGGGUUGGUGAACCACAGUCACUGCUGAUCAAUGGAAGAGGACAGUUCAAUUGUUCACUAGCAGCCAGGUAUGGUAACACCGGCCUACAACCAUGUAAUUUAAAAGGUGGUGAAGAAUGUGCACCUCAGAUUCUUCACGUGGAGCCAAAAAAAACUUAUAGAAUAAGGAUUGCUAGUACAACUUCUUUAGCUUCUCUCAACUUGGCCAUUUCAAAUCACAAACUGAUUGUAGUAGAAGCAGACGGAAACUACGUACACCCAUUUGCAGUGGACGACAUAGACAUCUAUUCAGGUGAAACCUACUCAGUCCUUCUCACAACUAAUCAAGACCCAAACAAAAACUACUGGCUUUCAAUCGGAGUCCGAGGAAGAAAACCAGGCACACCACAAGGCUUAACAAUCCUUAAUUACAAAAAAAUCUCCGCCUCAGUUUUCCCAAUUUCACCACCACCCAUCACACCAUUGUGGGACGAUUUCGAACGAAGUAAAACAUUCACAAAAAAAAUCAUAUCCAAAAUGGGAACACCACAGCCACCAAAAACCGCAGACAGAAGAAUUCUCCUCCUCAACACACAAAACAGACUCGGCGGUUUCACUAAAUGGUCUAUUAACAAUGUUUCAUUAACAUUGCCAACAACACCUUACUUAGGAUCAAUUAAGUUUAAACUAAACAAUACAUUUGACAGAACUCCACCACUAGACACAUUUCCAAUGGAUUAUGACAUCUUUAAGAAUCCUGUGAAUCCUAAUACGACUGUUGGUAACGGUGUUUACACGUUCCAGUUGAAUCAAAUUGUUGAUGUGAUAUUACAAAAUACAAACCAGUUAACUGGAAAUGGUAGUGAAAUUCAUCCCUGGCAUUUACAUGGACAUGAUUUUUGGGUUUUGGGUUAUGGUGAAGGGAAAUUCAGGCCAGGUGUUGAUGAGAAAAGUUUCAAUUUGACGCGUGCGCCUUUAAGGAACACUGCAGUUAUUUUUCCUUAUGGUUGGACUGCAUUAAGGUUUAAGGCUGAUAAUCCUGGUGUUUGGGCAUUUCAUUGUCACAUUGAACCACAUUUGCAUUUGGGAAUGGGUGUGAUUUUUGCUGAGGGUGUUCAUAAAAUUAAGAAGAUACCUACAGAUGCUCUUACUUGUGGCGCUACUGCGAGGAUGUUUGCAAAUAACAAACACUAAUGAGCCAAGUUUGUUUGUCUAGAUUCUACUUUAAGUUAUUGUCGUCGUCAUCAUUAUUAUCAUUUUAUGGGGGUUAAAUGUUAUGCUAUGCAUUGUGUCUCUUGUAUAAUUAGGUUGUUUCUAAUUGAAUUGAAUCCCCCUCAUGAAUAAAAUGUAGGGGGUAUUUAUUUUUGUUGCAAAUUUUUGCAACUUGUAUUAAUUUAUGAGAAAGACAUGGAGUGAAGAAGGAUGAAUUAGCUAAGGAAGGAGAUAAAUAUGUAUGGAUAUAUCACUUUGUUUUAUUGAUAUUGGUUAGUAUUUACUUAUUAAA